CGAGCUUGUCAGGUCCUCAGUCCUACGGCAUCUGGUACUCUGCUCGUUCGUUCAUCCUGUAUCUUGUUCUUAAAAGUCUUGAGGACAUAGAGCUCUUGCAGGGACUGUACCGAAGUCUUACCCCUUGCCACAAACCUUUAUUCAGAGAAUAUCCGAACUAUGGUCGUGCUCUCCUCGUUUGACACAGAUCUGCCCGUCAUUGAUGGCCAGACUGGACAGAUGACAAGAGCAGCUUAUGACCAAGAGAUACUCAAAGCGAAGGCUCAAAUAGCACAUCUCUUGCUCAUGCGCAACAGCAUGGCUCCCAUCUCCUCACUUCCAAACGAGACCCUCUCCACGAUCUUCCUUUACUACGCCACAGUCGUCGAGAAAUCGACCUCCGGGCGCUGGACACAACUCAUGCUCGUCUGCCGUCGCUGGCGCGUAAUCUGUCUGGGCGACGCACGACUAUGGUCAUUCGUCACGCCCGACCGUCAAGGCCGCUUCGGAAGAAUCCCGCGUCCUGCACUACCCUUAGAGGUCAGGCUACGCCGAUCUGCCGAAAUACCUCUCACUUGCAGAUUCGACCUGUCCAGGGCAACGGCGGAGAGUCUGGCGACUGUAUUGUCAAAUCAUGGCCAACGAAUUCGCACUCUUUCGGUCACUGGGGCAACAAAUCGCUUGCAGACCGCUUUUCAAGGCAUAACAGAUCUCCCUUCACUCGUGGAUCUCAACAUUGCGUGGAAUGGCCACAGUAUGCGAGAGCGCCACUGGGUUAUUCCUGCGGAAUUCGUGGAGGCCAAUGCCCCGCAUCUACAAUCCAUUUCCCUCCACGACGUCGAAUUCUUCUCCUGGCCAAGCCUGAAUGACCUAACGUCCCUCGAACUCUGUAACUAUCAAGGGCAAGAUGGCUUCCGGCCGCCUCUUGAGGAUGUUCUCAGUCUUCUACAGCGCUCACCACGCCUGACGAACCUCAAAUUGCACCACUGCUGGCAAGAGAACGGCGUGCCUCUAGUGACAUUCACCAAUGAAUCCAUUCUGCUUCCUAACCUUGGAAUGCUCGAUCUUUCCGGUGGAACGUCUUGCCUUACCGUUAUCCUCCGUACGCUCGACAUACCGGCUUCAACGUCCAUGCACUUCUGUCUCAGCGACGCAUGGCUCCCUUCCAGCCUCCUUCCCUUUCUCAUCCCUCUCCGCCGCACCCUGGCCCGUACUGGCGUUCCAACGCUCCGGUCUGUCUGUGUCGAAGGCGGCCGCGACUUGUUUUACGCGUUCUCCGCUCAUACCACGGAAGACUGUCCCGGUACUUUCCAGGACCCUCGCAGCGCACACCUCUCAAUCCAAGUGCAGCCCGAACAUGCUCGCCACGUAGAAGCCAUGUUCGCCAAACUUAUCCGUGCGCUUCCCCUUGAGCCGUCGCAAACCCCUCAGCUCACCCUCACUGCCCACCUGAGGCCGAAUGAAAUCUACGCGAACCCGACCAGAACGUGGGCGGCGAUUUUCCAGUUGCUGCCUCAGACAAAUCAGAUCGUCGUUGACGUCGACACAGGGCUGCCCUCCAUGCUAGAAGGUCUACUGACCGCCAUGCAACGCGGUACGCGUGGAAUCUCCGGUCGCCGACGUCGUCGUAUCAUUAGGACAACUGUCCUCCAGCCUUCGACCAUCAUUCUACAGCCUCCGGUCUACCCGGCGUCUCUUGCUAUCCAUUAUCAACCCCAGGUAACCACUGCGUACGAAGGUCUGGUUGGCUGGUUGGAGAAGUAUAAGGAGACGGAGGGUGCAACGGGUGGGAAUAUUAAGGGUGAGACGUGGGACGUGAUCGAGUUGAAGGCCGCGAGGAACAAGAUUGAAAUACCGGAUGCGGAUUUGGAGCCGUAUAAGUCAAGGAUUAAGGAGCUCACGAAGAAGGUUGGGUGGGUCAUACAACCUGAGGAGGGUGGAGUGGCGACUUUUAGGGAGUUAUCCGAGUGAGGAAGCGUAAGACAUAUAGAAUAACGGUGCUUGGACAUGUAUAUCGAUUCAUUUACACCCACCACUCUACUAAUCACUGUAUUAACUUACUAGUCGAUAUUUACUACCUAA